AUGUUACCCACAACCUGGAAAAACCCAAUGGUGGAACAUGUAGAAUACUUAGACCUCGACAAAAUAGCAAAUAACAUCCAGCAUUACGAAAGUAAUCGCAACGCUAUCGACCCCAUGUACAAUCGAAUUGAUGGCCGGUCGCAAUACAACACACAGGGCCAUGAUGUUGGACUCCAUGAUGGAUAUGAUGCUGUCAUCAGUAAUCAGCGAUCCAUGACGUCAUUUGGAAUGAAAUACACAUUUGCCAGACGACCAGUAGAAACUGAAGGGUACGGGACAAACGCUCAGUUUACGGCGCUACCCCGUAAAGUCGGUAUGCAUGAUGAUGGCGGCUUUGAACAGUGCGAAAGCCUGCUAUGUGCAGUGUGUGGGGACCAAGCCAAAUGUCAGCAUUAUGGUGUCAGGACUUGUGAAGGCUGUAAAGGAUUUUUCAAGAGGACUGUUCAGAAGAAUGCCAACUAUGUCUGUGUUGGCGAUAAGAAAUGCAUGAUUGACAAGAGCAAAAGAAACCGAUGUCAGAGCUGUCGAUUUCAGAAAUGCUUGUCCGUGGGGAUGACCAAAGAGGUUGUGAGAAGCGGUCUUUUAAAGGGUCGCCGAGGAAGAUUGCCAUCCAAGUCCAAACGUUCCUUCUACUGUUUUUCUUCAUUGCCGAACUAA